AUGGAUCCAGCUGUGCUCCUGGUGUUGGCUCUCUCCUGUUUGCUUCUCCUUACCUUCUGGAAGCAGAGCUCAGGCAGAGGAAAGCUGCCUCCUGGACCCACUCCUUUCCCGAUCAUUGGAAACAUUCUCCAACUGGAUGUGAAGGAUGUCAGCAAAUCCUUGACCAAUUUCUCCAAAGUCUAUGGCCCAGUGUACACUCUGUAUUUUGGAAUGAAGCCCACAGUGGUGUUGCAUGGAUAUGAGGCAGUGAAGGAGGCCCUGAUUGAUCUUGGAGAAGAGUUUGCUGGAAGAGGCAGCUUCCCUAUGGCUGAAAAAAUUAAUAAAGGACUUGGGAUCGUUUUUAGCAAAGGAAAGAUAUGGAAAGAUACUAGACGCUUCUCCAUCAUGACCCUGCGGAAUUUUGGGAUGGGGAAGAGGAGCAUAGAGGAGCGAGUUCAAGAGGAGGCCUGCUGCCUUGUGGAGGAGCUGAAGAAAACCAAUGCUUCGCCCUGUGAUCCCACCUUUAUCCUGGGCUGUGCCCCCUGCAAUGUGAUUUGCUCCAUAAUUUUUCAUAAUCGUUUUGACUAUAAAGAUAAGGAGUUUAUUACAUUGAUGGAAAAAUUAAAUGACAUUAUCAGGAUUCUUAGCUCUCCAUGGUUACAGGUUUGCAAUAAUUUUCCUUAUUUACUUGAUUAUCUCCCAGGAAGCCAUAACACCUUAGUAAAAAAUUUAAAUUAUACACACAAUUUUAUCAUGAAGAGAGUGAAAGAACACCAGAAAUCACUGGAUAUUAAUAAUCCUCAGGACUUUAUUGAUUGCUACUUGAUCAAAAUGGACAAGGACAAGAAUAAUCCACAGUCGGACCUCAGUUAUGAGAGCUUGGUAAUCACAGUGGCUGAUUUGUUUUCAGCUGGCACAGAGACAACCAGCACAACACUGAGGUACUCGCUCCUGCUCCUGCUGAAGCACCCGGAGGUCACAGCUAAAGUAUACGAGGAGAUUGAGCGUGUGGUCGGCAGAGACCGGAGCCCCUGCAUGCAGGACAGGAGCCACAUGCCCUACACGGACGCUGUCAUCCACGAGAUCCAGAGGUUCAUUGACCUUCUUCCUUCUAACCUGCCCCACUCAGUGACAUGUGACGUUAAAUUCAGAGACUUCUUUAUCCCCAAGGGCACAACCAUCAUAACAUCACUGACAUCGGUGCUACAUGAUGAAAAAGAAUUUCCUAACCCAAAUGUGUUUGACCCUGGACACUUUCUGGAUGAGAGUGGCAACUUUAAGAAGAGUGACUAUUUCAUGCCCUUCUCAGCAGGAAAAAGGAUUUGUGUGGGAGAAGGUCUGGCCCGCAUGGAGCUGUUUUUGUUCCUGACCACCAUCUUACAGAACUUCAAGCUGAAAUCUCUGGUUGAUCCAGAGGACCUUGAUGUCACUGCAGUUUUCAACGGAUUUGUUUCUGUGCCACCUCCGUACCAACUCUGCUUUGUUCCUGCUUGA